GCGGGGAGCCCGGCCGCUCAGUUCCCGAUUCUGUCGGGGGUUCCCGCAGAUCGGCCUCUGCAGGCUGCUAAGGAUGGGCAAGCUGAGCAGAUGCACCGGCGGGAGCCAGGCUGGAGGUCCCGGGCCGCAGCUGCCACUGUUGCUGCUGCUGCUGCCGUUGUUGUCGCCAGCCCGGGCCUCUGGGGCCGCCCAGCCGCCCCAUGUGGUCUUCGUGCUGGCGGACGACCUAGGCUGGAACGACGUGGGUUUCCACGGCUCGGCCAUCCGCACGCCGCACUUGGAUGCGCUGGCGGCCGGCGGCGUGGUCCUGGACAACUACUACGUGCAGCCGCUAUGCACGCCCUCGCGGAGCCAGCUGCUCACCGGCCGCUAUCAGAUCCAUUUGGGCUUACAGCAUUACCUCAUCAUGACCUGUCAGCCCAGCUGUGUUCCCCUAGACGAAAAACUCCUUCCCCAGCUUUUAAAGGAAGCGGGCUAUGCUACUCAUAUGGUCGGAAAAUGGCACCUGGGAAUGUACCGGAAAGAGUGUCUGCCAACACGCCGAGGAUUCGAUACCUACUUCGGAUACCUUCUAGGCAGUGAAGACUAUUACACCCACGAGGCCUGUGCACCGAUUGAGUGUUUGAAUGGUACCCGCUGUGCACUUGAUCUAAGAGAUGGUGAAGAACCCGCAAGAGAGUAUAACAAUAUUUACUCAACAAACAUAUUUACCAAAAGGGCUGCAACCCUCAUAGCUAACCACCCACCGGAGAAACCACUGUUCCUCUACCUUGCUUUGCAGUCUGUCCACGAUCCCCUGCAGGUCCCUGAGGAGUACAUGGAACCAUAUAGCUUCAUCCAAGAUAAGCACAGACGGAUUUAUGCAGGGAUGGUGUCCCUCAUGGAUGAAGCAGUGGGGAAUGUCACCAAAGCCUUGAAAAACCAUGGGCUCUGGAACAACACAGUCUUCAUCUUCUCCACAGACAACGGUGGGCAGACAAGGUCUGGAGGCAACAACUGGCCACUUCGAGGAAGGAAGGGGACCCUGUGGGAAGGGGGCAUCCGAGGAACAGGCUUCGUGGCAAGCCCCUUGCUGAAACAGAAAGGCGUGAAGAGUCGGGAACUCAUGCACAUCACCGAUUGGCUUCCCACACUGGUGCAUCUGGCUGGGGGAAGCAUCCAUGGAACCAAACCUCUGGAUGGCUUCAACGUGUGGAAAACAAUCAGUGAAGGAAGCCCAUCCCCGAGAGUGGAGCUGCUGCAUAACAUCGAUCGGGACUUCUUUGACGGCUUACCAUGUAUAGAGAAUGAAAUCAAAGGAGAUUUGCAGAUAGAAAACAGCAAUAGCAAGACUGGGCCUUUCCAGCAGUGGCAGAUUGUCCUCUGGAUGAACAAAGUAUUUUUCCAUUCAUUCCUCCCGGUCUGAGGGCCCCCUCCAAGUGUGUUCAUUAUUUUUUAGGGGUUGCUAAUGUUGCACGGCCGAGCACUCCUGACCUAACCCCAGUCCUGCAGUGGAGUUUUACACAUUUAGCAGAUGCUUGGUUUUGUAUCCGAUCAGUGUCUUGUCAAGCCAGUUCAAUCAUUUGUGUGCCUGGGAGAGAACUGUCUUUGAUGAUGUAAUUUGUUUCGGUCUUUUCAUUUUUAUGCCUUUCCCUGUGUUUCCCUGUGUUUCACAGUGUACACUUAGCUCUGUCCCAGUCUCAGGGAGAAAAUGUGCAGACUUUACACUGUUCCCUAUGAAGUUUGUUGUGGGCUUUUGUUGUCUCCAGACAGGGUUUCCUGUGAAGUCUGGGUUCAAAUCACAGCAUCAUAUAAACCAGGCAUAGUGAGUGAGACAAACCUGUCACUUCAGCAUGCAGAGGCAGCAGGCAUGAGUCCCCAGCAGUCCUGGGUUCCACAGUAAAGACCCACUCUUGAAGACAAUACCACACAACAGAACAACACCAACAGCAACAAUAACAACAAUGCCUUUCAAAAACUAGUAUUUUUUUUUCAAUACUUUUUCACAGUGUAGGACUGGGCAUGCAGCUCAGUGCUCAGUUGGUAGCGUAUUUGCCUGGCAUGCAUGAAGCAGCCGACUUGAUCUCCAGCACUGCAUAAGCCUGGUGUGGAGGGGUACACCUCUUAGCACAGUACUUAGGAGGUAGAGGCAGGAAGAUCGAAAGUUCAGGGUCUUUCCUCAACUACAGUGCAAGUUCGAGGACUGCGUGGACACAGUGAGAAAGGGUCUCAAAAAAUAAUAAAUUCAAAGUGCUAAGCCACGGGAAACUGCUGGCUCCGACCUUUAGUAACCCUCAGAUACAGUGAUUUCUCACAUCCCUAAUGUGGCCACUACCACCACCUGCUCAGGAUGCUCACCUUUGUGCUUUUGCUUUCCAUGAGUAAUACCUCAAGACUGGCCUGUUCUAUUAACUGCUCAGAGGAAAUUGUUCAAGCUUUGCUGGUCCAUUGCACUGUCCUGGUUCUCUAUUAACUUCUGCUCUCCCCUAAACAUUUCCAGUUAUAGCAAGAACACUCACUCAAGGUCUGCUCCCUGAACAGAUCUGGAAACACUCAAUGCAACAUUGUAAGCUCUGGGCAUGCAUGGAACAGCAGGGCGCUGAGGCCCCAAGGACCUAAUUGCCCUGUGUGGCAGGCCACACUGUACCUGCAUGCUUGCCCCCCACCAGCCCACAGCCACCACCAUUCUUGGGAGAAGUGUCUUUUUGGGCCUUUCACCUACUUUUUAAUGAGAUGGAUUAGGUAUGGUUUUUCUGGUGAGUCAUAUGGGUUCCUUUUUAAUUUAUUUCUUUUUAUUUUAUGUACAUUGGUAUUUUGCCUGUAUGUAUGUCUGUGAAGGUGUUAGAUUGCCUGGAACUGGAGUUAUGGAUAGUCAUCAGCUACCAUAUACAUGCUGGGAACUGGACUCAGGUCCUAUAGAAGAGCAGCCUGUACUCUUAACCACUGAGCCAUCUCUCCAGCCCCUGAUAUGGGUUUCUAAUUCUAUAGAUUUUGAAGUUCCUUUAACUGUUAACUGUUUACCACCUAUGUGAUUUGCAAGAAGUUUCUCUUGUUCUGUGAAUGGGUUUUCCCCUCUUAUGUGUCAUUUAUACACACCCACAUACACAUUCUGACCCACCCACACAUUCACCCAUAUCCACAAACAUGCACAUCACCUUAUUUUCAGUUUUUUUUUUUUUGAAAUGACCCAAUUAAGGCAGAUUUACUAGGAUUUUAGGCCUUUUUUUAACUAUGUGGCUUCCUUGUGAAGAUGUUUUAUAGAAACUUCGUUGGCUAUGUGUGAAUCACCACUAGGUACAAAGGACCUGCUCAUCUGGAAGCAGAGCUGAGUUGAGCAUUCAGUGCCAAGCAGACAGGCCAUCAGCCAGGGUAAUGGUCCACAAAUCGUUUCCCUACAAGCUUACGUGCAGGCAGACCUGGCUGGGAGGUGAGCCCCAGAAGUAUCCCAUCCUACCCAACCACACAUAGACACCUCACCCCAGACUCGGGAGCCCAUCCGCCCAGUCUAUCUAGUAAUAUUUGAAGACCAGGGACAGAGUAAGCAAGAGUGCCCUGAGGGUGCUGUUGCUGUCAUUCGUGGAAAAGACCCUAAUGAUGGAAUUGCUUCCACUGCAGAUUGAAAUCUCCUGAGCACACACUAAGCGGUAAAGCAGUUACUUCAGCACUUCCAAUCUGACUAAAAGCUCAGUGCUGUAGAAACAUGAAGUUAGUCUGCAUCAUUGGAGGCAGACUACCUUGAUCUGCAAUUGGUGGCCCCUGAACCAGGGGAAGUCAGGCAGCCCCUUUGCUAGUGAGCCGAUCAAACGUUGGUUUAAGUGCUCCAGAAGCACGCAGAUAGGAAUGCUGAAGUUCUUCAGUUCCUCAACAAGGAGGGUACCCUGGCUGGGCCUCCCUCAAUCAGGAGGAGCAGAGGCAUAAGGCAGAGACUCCAAGCCAUAGUUGAACAUACAAUGGCAACUCCAGAAUGAGUUACCAGUUCCUUUUCUUUACAAAGGAAACUAUCAGGACUCAGAGAAAACCAAGGAUGUAUGUACAUCCAUGGAGCCAGUGAUAGGUUGAGACUGUCUCAUUAAACAUUGGGGUCGAUGCCUAGCCGUUCCUUCCAGAGCGUGUUACUACCCCUUGCUCUGUGUAUCACACGGCGUGCUAACCUUCCUCUUGGCCUACACUAGUCUGUCAGGCUGGCUCCACAGUAGUCACAGGAAAGUGGCUGCAUCAGAAGAACAAGGUACACGACACAUAGGUUGAACAUGGCCACUGCUAAUGUGCAAGGAGCAGUUGUCUCACUGUUAAGCACUUGCUGCUCAUGCUUUGGCCUCUCUGCAGCCCGUCUCCUUCCCACCUUUGAUGGGCUAAGAUGCUUCCUAAGGUACCGGGUGAGCACUGAGACAAAGCUGCCUUUUGCUGCUUGUGGGAAGAGACUACACAACGGAAAGUUUUCAUAUAUUUCAGCCAGACCGUCUUUGGAUAUGAAUGGUCCUGAGACCAGCUGUCCAAGGUGUGGUUAGGCGUAAGAUACAUGCAUUGCAUAUCUGUAUGGAAGAGGUUCCACAUGAGCCAAAAGAAGAUGCAAACUAGGUCUUGGACUCAUCCCGUUUCCACUUCUGUACCAAAUGCCCCCCACUGCCUGACCACCAAAGCAUACUCCACCAGGCACAGGGCCACCUGAGGCCUCCAGGCCCAGGAGUAUGUAGCAGAGCAGGAGAGGGUGGGGAAGGUGCAGAACAGCCAGGAAGGUCCUAGAGAACUGGGCCAGUAGACAAUGGGUGCAGGUUCUAGAGCAUUGCAAGAGCUCAGGCCCAGAGCCUGCUGUGUCCACUUUGGUCUGAAGCCUUGAAGGGUUGCCUGUCCAAGGAGAAAUGGUAGAAGUGAAAGAGUCCGAGGGCUACUCACAUUUCUGGAAGAGGCCUGGAAAUUUGUUUCCACCAUCUAGGCCGAGCCCUACACUCCUGCCUGAGGCCCCAGAGCCACAGAAGAGAUAGAUGAAGGCUUGGAGUUGUAGAAAGACGGGAGUUCACUGUGCAGUAGAUUCUGGUUCUAACCAGAGUGUAGGAGAGAUGACAGCACUGUUCAGGUACCUGGCAGACAGUUGACCCUGCACCUCAGACUUCAGGACCUUCUUCCUGAUUUGUAUUUACAUAGAUAUAAGUUGGACAUAAAGUAUUGAAAAUGCUGCAGAUAUUUGUCAAUCAAGAAUCAUGAAGUUACUCUGCAAAAUUCACAAGAACACCUAUACCUCCAUAGCAAGAAAUCAGCCCAUUGGUUAAAAAAAAUAAAAAAAUAAAAAAAUAAUAGACAAAGAUCUUGAACAGAAUUUGCUCCUUGAAGGUAUACGUACAAAUGGCCACAGAAAGAGCAUGGCCACUGCUAAGAACCACUUGGCAUCUCUAAUCUUGAGAGACAUGCAAACCAGAACCACCAUGAGCCAUCACCUCUCCUCUGUAGAAUAGCUACUAUCUAAAGGGUACUAAUGUAUUUUAUAAUUCAUUCAUAAGCAUUAUUAUUAUCAUUUUAAAUACUUUUUACCUCUUGUCAGACCUGUGAGUUCUUGUAAAAUGUGUUUUCAAACUUUCAAACUUGCAAAUGAAGCCAAGUGUGGUAGCACAUGCCUGUUCUCCUAGCAGGAAGCUGAUGUUGUGUUGUUAAGAGUUUGAGAUUGGACUGGGGUGCCCAGUAAGUGCCUAGCCAGCCAGGCAUGCGUAGGAAGACACAACAGAGUUGAUACUGUCUGCUUAUGCUCCUCUGUAGUGAAUAACUCUUGCUUAUGCUGUUCCUCUACCUCUAAAUUACAUGUUCAUCUUCUUUCAGUUAGGGGUGUUUUCAUAUUUUGGCACACUUUUGUAUGCUUCAUAGAAUUAUUUAAUCAGUGAGUAUAGUUGAAUAGUUUUUACUUAAAAAUAAUAUGGAUACCUUAUCUCUGUAAACUGCCUUACCAGUCAGCUUUUUUUUUUCUUUCCUUUUUUUCUUUUUUUGUGACAGAGAGCUUACCAUAAACAACUUGAGGGGAGAAAUAGAUCUUAGCUUACAAAGGCUUCAUUUCAUGGUCUUCUGUACAUUCCCACAGACUUUUAAACCAUGUGUCCUGAGGGCAGACAUUCUCAUUUCUCAUACUCACAUAUAUACCCAAGCAGCUAACAUCUAGACACAACAAAAAGUUGUUGUAGACAUUAAAAAUGAGAGAGAGAGAAAAGAGAGAGAGAGAGAGAGAGAGAGAGAGAGAGAGAGAGAGAGAGAGAGAGAGAUCCAGACUAGAGAGAUGGCUCAGUGAUUAAAAGUGCAUACAGCUCUUACAGAGGAUCCUAGUUAGGUUCCCAGCAGCUCACAACCAUCUGUAAUUCCAGGCUUGACACCCUGUUCUGGCAUCUUUGGGUACCUGUGCUCAUAUGCAUAUUCCACACAAAGACACACAAAUAUACAUGUAAAAAGUAUUACUUAAAAAGUACUUAAUUGAACGAGCUAACAAUUGCUGGUCAAGUGAGACACAAGAAAGCUUGGGUAGGACUCUAUUGAUUGUACAUUUACUUGAGACUAACACUUAUCCAAACUUAGAAUGAUUUAAAUAGGUGAUUAAAACUUCUCAGACUACUUAAAUUCAACUCAAGGCUUUGGGUUUAUAUUAUUUUAUAAAAACUUCCAAAAAUAACUCAGUACUUAGCAAACCUAGCCUCAUACUCAUAAGAAAAAUGAAUAAUAAGGGAGGGAAUCCAGCUUGAGCCCUGCCUUCCUUAUGAUCUUCUGACUGAAUAAAGAUUUACUUAUAAUACAAAUAUAUUUCAUUUUCAAAAAUUGAGGGCUACAUCUGAGUUGCUUCUUGGACAAGUUAGAAUAUAGUACUGACAUCUAUGAAUAACUAUGUUUUAAAAUGUUAGAGAUUGAAAAUGAAUCUAGAUUCUUCCCUUUAUCUAAUGUUAGCCGUAUCUUCAAAUUUAUGAGGUAAUUUUUCCACAUAUCUCCACAAAUAAUAAAGAGCAGCGUUUUCCCUGCCUUUGAGCUCAAAUAAAUGCACAUUCUUUUGAAAUGAAAAUAUUGACAAUGAGCACAAAAUUAGAAAAGAAAGGAAAGCAAUGCAUAUAAAUCACCAGACUCUUGGGAGGGAGUGUAAGCAAAUCUAAGAACUAUACUUUGCAUGAUUGUACAUUUUCCCUUUAAAACAAAUCACUUUCCCAACUGUGCAUGGUUUGACAGGUCCAAGGAUGACAUCAGCUUUUUCACUAUGCACUAUCUGCUUUCCUUCAGAUAACUCAACGGCACUUCAUCAAGUUUUAAUGAUUGAGAUGAAUUAGAAACCAAUGGGGGUUGAGUUUAAAUUCCCUUAACUGCCAUGCAUCAUGUAUUCCUGGCUUUGGACCUACUUUUGAACACCCCUGAGAAUUUAUAUUGCCCAUGUUUCUUUCUGGUUCUAGAAAUAGAAGUGAGCAAGUAAAGGAACAUACACUCCUUAAAGUUCUAAUAGUGUCUGUCAAAAUGUACUAAAUUAUUUCACUGUGCUUCAGGAAUCCACACCAAUCACCCUCUUUCCAGCCUGUCUUAGCCCAAUAAAUAUAAUAACCUU